UUCGAAAAGAGUAAUUCUUUGCAAAUAUUAUUUGAAAAGUUAAUAGAGCGCGUAAAUAUUAAAACUUAAAAAAAAAAUUUUUUGCGCAAAAUAAAUAUGACUAUGACUGAUGUUUAUAUGCAGAAUUUUGUACUUAAGAAUAUAUUUGAGACGGAUGAUGAACUGGAUUUGUGGUCAUCAAGUGACAGCAGCAAUUCAAGUGAGUGUAGUCCAACAUUUUUUUCUCGCUCUGCUAAAGAAAUAAAUGAUUUUAAACUGUACAAAGACUAUUUGGGACUUUCUAAUUUGUUAACCAACGUUAAAAUAUCUGAUGAUAAUCCAUUGGUUAAUGGUGUUCACCGUCUAUCCUUUCUUCCGAGAAAUCAAAUUUACAACAAGCUGAGUAAUGAUCCUGAAGGAAGCGACGUAGAUGUUUAUUCGCCAACACGAGACUUAGCAUUGCGUUCGAGAGACAAUAAUAAUAACUUUCCUGAUGUAAAACAGCUACCGCCAAGCACUCGUUUAAGCAAAUCUGAUCGUGAUAUGAUUAUUAGCGGAGCAUUUCAGCAACAGCUUUCUUUUAUAAACAAGCACUCUGACCGAUCUCAAAUUAAAAUGAACCCGCCGCUCCAAGCUCCACCUUCACCUGCUUUAGUGCAGCCUCAACAAACGCUUUAUAACUCUCUCGAUAGUCUUACCCUGCGUGCCUCAUCCAACGUUUGUGUAUUUUGUCGAAACAAUGGUGAAAGCGAAAACGUGUAUGCCAGCCAUGUUUUAAAAGAUACUGAUGGCCGAACAUCUUGUCCUAUUCUUCGCGCAUAUACAUGUCCUAUUUGUAAAGCUAAUGGUGAUAAUUCUCAUACUAUUAAAUAUUGUCCGAUGAAUCAAAAUGCUCGAUCAGCAAGCACGUUUAAUGGACUUUCCUUGCCUCCUUCUGUAAAUAUGGCUCCUCGAAAUACCUUUCCUCAACCUGUUCGUGGUAAUUUUAGAUCCCCAUUUCCUGUGAACCUGACUCCUCGUAUUAAUCUUGGUGCCAAAAUAAGGUAAAAUUUCUAGCGAGUCAUAGAAACUUGUUACCAAAUAUUUUACUUAAUUAGAUGGAGCUGAAAGUUUACUGUUUUUUUUUAUUUCUAAUGUAAAGUACUGCUUAUUUUGAAUUUAAACAAAAAAAAAAAAUAAUUUUAUAAAGCACAGGAAUAAUAGUAAUAAAACCUUGUUUUUAUAAUUUUUAUAGUUUUUAUCUAAUUUUACGGUGUAUUAAUAAGUGUAAAAUUAUUUGCAUUAGAUGCAAGGUGAUAACUCUUCAUGCGAACAUUUUAAACGAGUGUGGCGCAAAUUUUAUUUUAUUUUAGUUUUUGUAUAAAAGAAAUACGCGCUUAUUUCAUAUCUAUUGUUUGUGAUAAUUUUACUUUUUUUUUUUUUACGUUUAAACUUAAAGAGUGGCGUCUUAUUUUUCUUUGCAAUUCUCGCUAUGAAAAAAGAACUUGUGAAUAAAUAAGAGCGACUACUUGCUAUAUUUUUCGCGCUUUGUUAUUGCCGUUUUAUGUUUUGUUUUUUUAAUUAAAUUUUUACUAAACUCAACCAUUAGAGUUGAUCAAUUUCUUUAUUUGUUACAUAUAUAAAUAUAUAUAUAAAAAAAAAAAUAAGGAAUAAGUAUUGAGAUUUAUUUAUAUUUAAGUAUAUAUUAUUGAGAUAUUUUUGUUCUUAUGUUUUUUCGUGAGAGCAUUUUUGCAUUUUAUAAUAAAUUUUGUUUCGCUAAUUUCAAUUAUGCUGCGAAUUUUUUUUCUUGUUUUGUUUUCUUUUGUUAGGUUUCUUAAAUUCUAUUAGUUAAAAUUUUAUGACAUUUUUUACGAAUUUCGAAUUUUGCUAAUUUUAUUGUUAAGUCAAGCGGAAUAUCUUAAGAUUUAUGUUUUUAAUUCUGGAUUAUAAUGUAGCAUUUUUUUGUUGUUGUAACUUUUAGAUUGUUAUUUCCAGAUAAUUCAAUUUCAAAAAGUCAAAUCGA